CCCAUGACUCUCUUUAAAAGAACCCUAGUAGUAGCCACCAAAGUAGAGCAGCCACCACCACCGCAUAAAAGGAAGAGGGAGAAAAGUCCUCCUCCUCCUCCUCCUCCGUCGUUUUCAUUACUUCCAGAUGAUAUCUUAGUGAAUUGUUUAGCUCGCACCUCCAAAUCUCAGUACCGUUCUAUCUCCUUACUCUCCAAGACCAUCCGCUCUCUCCUCUUCUCCCCAGAGCUCUACACCGUUCGCUCCCGGAUCGGAAACACAGAGCCCUGCCUCUACUUAUGCCAAGAAUUACCCACUUACGAUCGGUUGUACAUUUUUGAUCGAACCCUAACUACCGAUGGUUGGAUAAAGGAUGAGUUUAGCUUAUCACCUAUCACUUGCCCUGCUUUUCCAUCAAUGUCAACCACUUUAGCCGUCGGUUUCGAAAUCUACCAAAUGGGUGGAACCACCAACGCCGGCCUGCCGUCCUCGGCCGUUCGUGUGCUUGAUUGUCGGACUCACACGUGGCGUGAUGCUCCUGAGAUGACGGUACCAAGGAAACGCGCCGAAUCUGCUUUUAUAGACGGCAAGAUAUAUGUAGUUGGAGGAACAGAGGAAUCCAUGAAUUGCGCUGAGGUUUUCGACCUAAAGUCUCAGACUUGGAAGCCAUUGCCUAGCCCUAGUGGUGACGCCAAGGUUCUCCUUUCUAGAGGAGAGCUAUACGCUACUAGUAGGCAUAAAAGUUAUGCAUAUGAUUCCUACCUAGGAAGAUGGAAGGAUUCCAACCAAGGAAGAUGGAACAGACUGGGUAGUAGAGCUUGGUGCCUUGUAGAAAAUGUAAAGUUUAGUGUUUUUGGGCGUAAGCUUAUGUGGUUUGACUCAGAGCGUAGAAACUGGUUCAUAAUUCAGGGUUUGGAAGAUCUGCAUCUCAAAGGUGUUGUUUCCUACCCUCAUACAACAAUUCAGUUAUCUUAUACUGGUGGAAAUAUUCUACUUUUAUGGGACGAGCCACGCCCACUCAAGUUUCCAGUGGUGGGGAAGAAGCAUCAACAUACCUGCAAAAACAAGAGAAUUUGGUGUGCCGAGAUCAAGUUGGAGAAGCACGUUGGCUUUUCGGGAUUAGAGAUUUGGGGAAAGAUUGUACGGUCGAGUCCUGUGCUUAGUGCCCCCGAUUCAUAUAAGCUCUUAAGCUGUGUCACCCUUUGAUUAAUCUUCUUUCAUUUUAUUUUGUUUUUUUUUUAUCAAGGGAGUUCAUCUUUUGUUUUCCUUUAUAUUUGUUACUACAAUAUAACACUCUUUUUUUUAUUAUUAUUGAAUAGAUCGGCCAUAACAGGCGUACUUCAUACGGUUCA